CCCGGCCGGCUCGGAGCGCGGCGCUCCGCUGGGAGCCUCCUCCUCCCUCGCUGCCCCUCCCGUCGGCGAUGUCCGUGAGGGGCAUGGAGUUGGCCGGAACCUAUAAAAGCCCCUGACGAGAACCGGAGCGCUGCCACCACCACCGGGCAAGCCGGAGCUGAGCGAGGACAGGCAGAGCGCGCAACACCGCCGCCACCAGCGCAGCUGAGCCAUCACCAUGUCCCAGCACUGGGGCUACGGCAAGGACAACGGACCUUCUACCUGGCAUGAGGUUUUCCCCAUUGCCAAGGGAGACCGGCAGUCACCAAUUGACAUUCAGACCAAAUCUGCUAAGCAUGAUUCCUCACUGAAGCCACUGAGCAUCACUUAUGACCCAUCUGCAGUCAAAAACAUACUCAAUAAUGGCCACUCUUUCAAUGUGGAGUUUGAGGAUUCAACUGAUAAAUGUGUGCUGAAAGGAGGCCCACUUGAAGGAACUUACAGGCUGAUUCAAUUCCACAUUCACUGGGGAUCCCGUGAAGGUCAAGGAUCUGAGCACACAGUGGAUGGUGUGAAAUAUGAUGCCGAGCUUCAUUUGGUUCACUGGAACACCAAAUACAGUAAAUUUGCAGAAGCUGUGAAGCAUCCUGAUGGUUUGGCUGUCUUGGGUGUAUUUUUGAAGGUAGGAAGUGCCUGUCCUGGAAUGCAGAAAGUUGUUGAUGCCCUGGGCUCCAUUAAACACAAGGGCAAACAGGCUGCCUUCACAAACUUUGAUCCCACAUGUCUCCUUCCUGCCUCCCGUGAUUUCUGGACUUACCUUGGAUCUCUGACUACUCCUCCUCUGCUUGAAUGUGUCAUCUGGAUUGUUCUGAAGCAGCCUGUAACCAUGAGCAAGGAACAGAUUGACAGACUCCGUUCCCUUUCCUUCUUUGAUGAGAAAGAGCCACCAUGUCCCAUGGUUGACAACUGGCGCCCGUGCCAGCCACAGAAGGGCAGAGAAGUUAGAGCCUCAUUCCAAUAAGUUGUGCUCAUUAAACGUUGCCGUGUCCUUGAGGGAUGAGUUCUUUCUGCUAAGCACAAAUCCAGCUACUGCCAUACACGCACUGGCAACAUUUCUUUUUUUCCCUUAGUGCUCUCUUUACUUCCUAUCAUCCUCUGUAGUUCUAACUCAUGAAAUGUGAAAGGCCACAGGCUGAAAGGAAAACAUAUUUGCUGCAGGGUGGGUAUCUAUGUUCCCUCUAAGCUGUGGAAUCUUGUGAGCAAAAAUUCUACUUUGUGAGCUACUGACAUUAAAGUUGUGAGCAAGCAGUUUGGCUGCUGCAUAAAUUAGUUUGCUUGGGGGCCAGCCUUCCUAAGCUAAGACAAAUAUGUGUGAGUCGGGGGGAUAACUCACACUAACUCAGCUUAGAGGGAACACUGGUGGGUAUGUAUGUAGUGUGCAGGGUGUGAAUAGAAACAUGGCAUGAUGCUUGAUGAGAAUUACUGUGCGAUUGCUGCUGAUACUUUCAUAGGAUUUCUUCCUGUGGCCAUUAGUUAUGGGGCAUGAUGAAAAGUAACAAAAAAUAAGCCAUUUCUUUUUUGAAGAAAGUAACCUCAUAGAGCAUAUGAGGUUACUUGUACUCAGUAACUUGAAUCUUUUGUAAAAGCACAGGAAUGCAGUCUAAUACAGAUAUUUUACAUCUGAUUUGGAACAUUACCUUCUAUCAUCAUAGGCAUUAAAAUGUGAAAGUAAUAUUAAAAAUUAAAUGUCUUAGCUUUUAAAAAGUUUGAAGUGUAAAUAUUUCUUUUCCUUUUUAGCCAUACAUUUGAAUCAUGUCUUAAUGUUAGUAUAUUUUUUUAAAAAUUACAAAAUGUCAACUGAUCUAAAUUAAGUACCAUUAUGUGUAAAAGCUGUGGAUACCAUAGAUAUAAUACAGAGAAUCCUUCCAUUUAAAAAUAAUGCCAUAAUUUAAAUUAAAGAAAUAUAUUGUAUUUUAGAUACACUCUCUAAAUAAAUAAAUGAAGAUAUAUAUUUA